ACACACACACACACACACACACACACACACACACACACACACACGCUGUAUUUCUAUGUGUGUGCGCGCCGCCGCCCGCUGAGGACCCUCCAAAAUGAAAUCUCUCCUCCAGCGCCCCUCCCCCUCUCCCGUCUCCCCUCGGCGGAUGGGCGGCCCUCACGGCAAAUAUAUAUUCUCAAUUACCCCUCGGGUGUCACCUCUCCCCUCGGGCGCCUUCCCCUCGCUCCGGGCCGCCGCCAUAUUUGCCCUCCCCUCGCUAGUUAGACAAACUCUCACUUACUCAAUUAAGUCCAAUGAGGUGAUGUUGAUUUCCAUUUCAUUACCGUCACUGCUUCCCGCGACGCGCCGGCCAGAAGCGCCCCGCGGCACGCCCUGCGCGGCUCUGUGGGCGGCGGGGGCCCGGGGCGGCGUGCGGCGGGCGCGUCACCCCGACAAGCACCCCGACUGUAAAUCUUGCCAUAAACCUAAUGGCCCGUGCCGAGUGUUUACUAAUCUGUGCGCUGAUUGGCUGGCCGCGCGUUGGCCGUCCCGCCCCGCCCCGCACGCCCGCGCCGCCAUUGGUGCAGGCGGCAGGGCGGGGCGGGGCGCGGCGCGAGGGCGGUCUGGGCGGCGCGGGGCGGCAGUCGGCGGGUGGUCGGGGCGGAGGCGUAAGUCAGCGCGGCGCCGCGGCAUUGAUAGCUUGUGUAAACACUGACAUCCGCUGGGACACCGCCGCGCCCCGCGCCCUUCAUACGGCGCUCUCCAUAGCCUCGGGGCAGCGCCAGGUCGGGGCGCCCCGUGGCCCCUCAGCCCCACGCCCCGCCAUGCCCCAACGCGGGGCGUGAGUCAGCCCAGGCAAUCACAGGAGCGCGGCGCCAUGUCUGGUGUGGUGGCGGCCGAGGCGGUGCGGCCCAGCCUCAACUCCGCCUUCAGCGCCGUGGCCAGGAAGACCUUCUCCUUCUCCGUGGACGCCAUCCUCGCCGCGCCCCCGCACGCCAAGGAGCGCGACGCAGACGCCCUCGCGCCCACACACACGCCCACGCCGCCCGGGGCAGCCCUCACGCCCCCGGCAGACGACAGACUCUGUGCCAAGGCGUCGCAUGACGCUGACGGCGACGCCGACGAGGAUGACGACGAGGACGAGGAGAUCAACGUGGACUGUGAGGCGGACGAGUGUCGCUACGACCCCCGCGGCGACGACGACGACGAGGAGGAGGAGGCGCGGAAGGCUGGGAGAGGAGGAGACAGAGGAGACGGAGGAGGAGGAGUGGGUCUGCCCAUGUCCUCCUUGCUUGAGAAUCACCUGGGGGCGCGCCACGCCCUGCCGCCCCCGCCCUCCACCUCGGCCUCCUCCACCCCCACCAUGGCGCCCCACCACCUGGCGGGCGCCUGGCCUCACAACCUCCUGUUCCAGCAGCAGCUCGCCCUGCACGCCCUCACCAAGACGCCUGAGCCGCCCAAGUUUCUGGGUCCCAUGAAAGUGAACCUGAGGAAGCACAAGCCCAACCGCAAGCCGCGCACGCCCUUCACCACGCAGCAGCUGCUGUCGCUGGAGAAGAAGUACCGAGAGAAGCAGUACCUCAGCAUCGCCGAGCGGGCCGAGUUCUCCGCCUCGCUCAGCCUCACCGAGACGCAGGUCAAGAUCUGGUUCCAGAACAGACGCGCCAAGGACAAGCGGCUCAAGGAAGCGGAGAUGGAGCGCCUUCGGUACUCCUCGCGGCCCCUGCUGCCCCACAACCCCCUGCUGCCCCCCGCCUCGUUGCUGCCUCACUUCCUGUUCCCCCACAAUUUGUCUCCUCACCCUGCACACUCCCACCAGCUGCCGCCGAGCCUACGGCCGCUGCCCGGCCAGCCCGCGGCGCCCUACGCCAUCCCCUCAAGCACCGCCGGCGGCAGCGGCCCGGGACCCCAGUGACUGUAGCCGCUCCUCGUGGCACGGGCAGGUCGCGGCGUGACCAGCGUGCCGCCGCGCCGCGUCGCCGGAACAGUGCAGUGCUCGGGGCGGGGCGGGACUGGUGGGGACUGGUGGGGUGGGGACGAACCAAAGACUGUGUGCCGCCCUCCGUGGCGUCACUGCGACUUGUGAAUAAAUCUCUAUUAUUUUGAUGCGGGAUUUUAUUCCGCGGCGACGGCUCCGUGCCGGCAGCCCGGCCCUGCCCGCGCCGCGCUGCGGUGCCAGGGGCGGGGCCGCCGUGACUCUCUCACGCCCCAGUGCGGCAAGUGGUGUGGUGGCCCGCUGCUGGUGGUGACCUGACGCUCAACACGCGGACAGUGCGGCGCCAGGCGGCAGUGUGGCGCCGCCAGGUGACGUAGCGCGGGGAGGUGAAGGAGGCAUCGCAAGUGCCACCUUGACACCACAACACCACACACCUGUGCACUCAUUACCAAGCAGCCUCGUGUGUGGCAGUGACGCAAGGAACAAGGGCAAGGCGAUGCCACGUCCUGCAUGCGUUGCGCACACACACACACACACACACACACACACACACACACACACACACACACACACACUUACACUAAUCUUGAGAGACUUUAGCAAUAACGUUCGUUCACGUUCAUACGAAUAAUGUUACAAUUAUAAGAACAUUAAAUAAUACAAGCAUGA